CGUUGCUACAUGAUGUACAAAGUAAAUAGGAAGUGAGAGAUAACUGAAAGUUUUGGUGUCAGUAAUGUGGGAGAUGUUCAGCAGGAGUGCUCUGAUAUGGAGGAAUAAUGAUUAAUAUUACAGAUAAAUACACGGUUGCCAUGGUGAGCAGGACCAACAGAGCGACAUGAUGACUUCUGCAUGCCCUGAAGAGGUGAACUCUACAGAAGACCUGGAGUCGUUUGAGUUCGUCUCGCACCCUGAACCUUCAGACCACACACACUCCUUAGACCACACACACUCCUUAGUGGCAGUGAAGGAUAAAGCCAGGCUGAGGAGCAGGCUGGUGUCGGCAUGGAACAGUGUGAAGUAUGGAGGUUGGACUUUGAAAACUAAAUCUCGUCUGAGUAAAACCUCUCCUGUGUGUAUGCUGGGUCACACAUACCACCUGAGCUGUGAAGAUGAGAAGCAGCUGUUCCGGUGUGUGUUCUCAUCUCUAUUCUGGAUGACAUACAGGAGAGGUUUCUCCUCUUUGCACGGAUCAUCUCUGACCUCAGACAGUGGGUGGGGCUGCACGCUGCGCUCCGCCCAGAUGCUGCUCGCACAGGCACUCAAGCUACACACACUGCCUGCAGGAUGGAAGUGGCAGGGAGCUCAUCACCAGACCAGGGACGACCUGGAGCUCAGACGCUCUCGACCCCUUAUGCUGGGAUUGGGACGGAACCAGAGGGUGGGGCAGAGGAGGCGGAGUGAGGGUGCCAUACUGGAUGUGGAUGAGGAUGGGCAGGAGGGCGGACACCGGCGUCUAGUGGCGUGGUUCGGGGACACGCCGUCUGCUCCUUUUGGCCUGCAUAAGCUGGUGGAGUUGGGGCGGUCGUCGGGGCAACGGGCAGGUGACUGGUACGGUCCAUCAGUCGCCUCACACCUGCUGCGAAAGGCAGUAGCAGCGUCUGAACUGAGUGACCUGGCUGUAUAUGUUGCACAGGACUGUACAGUCUAUGUAGGAGAUGUGAUCAGACUGUGUGGAGCAGGUCAGUCUGAACUCUCCACCAGAUUCCACUCGGUCAUUAUCCUGGUGCCCGUGAGACUUGGUGGAGAAACACUCAACCCUGUGUAUAUCCCAGAUGUGAAGAGACUGCUGGAGCUGAAGUGCUGUGUGGGAAUAAUCGGAGGAAAGCCCAAGCACUCGCUCUACUUCCUGGGGUUUCAGGAUGACCAGCUGCUGUACUUGGAUCCUCAUUUCUGUCAGGCUGCUGUGGAUGUCGGUCAGCCCCACUUCCCUUUAGAGUCGUUUCACUGUAAGACGGUUAGGAAGCUGCCGUUUCACCGCAUGGACCCCAGCUGCACUCUGGGCUUCUACGCCAGGAGCAGGAGGGACUUCGAGACUCUCUGCUCUGAUGUUACCAUGGCUCUCACCUCGUCCACGAACACGUAUCCCAUCUUCACCUUAGCAGAAGGCAGCGGACCAGACCAGCGCGAACAGCUGGAGCUGACCUUUGACCCAGAAGUACACAUUCCACCCAAAGACAAAGGAAGACUUAAGAGUAAGCGCAGCAGCAUGGAUGAAUUUGUGCUGCUGUGAACUCUCGCUCGGUCAGUCGCUGUUCAUGGAUCAAUCAGACUGUUCAUUUAAACACACUUCGUCAAUCACAAGCCCAAGGUUUAGAACCAGCAGCUUAGAACCCUGAACCUUAAGAAUGUAGUCAUCAACCAGCAGCUAUAAGCUUUAACUUGUGACAGCUAGUGCAGUUUGUUGUUAAGUAGUGACUAUACAGUGAUCAGGCAUAACAUUAUGACCAGUGCCAGGUGAAGUGAAUAAGACUGAUGAUCUCCUCAUCAUGGCCCCUGUUAGUGGGUGGGCUAUAUUAGAGCAGCAAGUGAACAUUUUGUCCUCAAAGUUGAUGUGUUAGAAGCAGGAAAAAUGGACAAUGAUGAAGGGCCAAAUUGUGAUGGCUAGACCAAACUGCAGCUCUUGUGGGGUGUUCCUGGUCUGCAGUGGUCAGUAUCUAUCAAAAGUGGUCCAAGGAAGGAACAGUAGUGAACCGGUGACAGGGUCAUGGGCGGUCAAGGCUCAUUGAUGCACGUGGGGAGUGAAGGCUGGACCGUGUGAUCCGAUCCAACAGACGAGCUACUGUUGUUCAAAUUGCUGAAGAAGUUAAUGCUGGUUCUGAUAGAAAGGGGUCAGAAUACACAGUGCAGGACGGGUCAGGACUAUUUUGGCAGCACCAACAUUAUAUUAGGCAGGUGGUCAUAAUGUUAUGCCUGAUCGGUGUAAGUGUCCAGCUAGCAACAGGAAAAAAACAGGAGCACUGGGGUGGAGAUUAAAACAUCUGGAUCAGAAGAAUCGUAAGUACAGUAUUGUGAUACACUUUUUUUUCCCCAGCACUUUCCAUCCCUCCGUCCAUCCCUACAGCACUAAAUGUUCAGCUCCAUAUGAUAGUAAGACAUGCUGUAAUCAAACCUCAUCACCACUGCUGUAAUUUUAGAAGUUCAAAUUUAUUUCUCACUAGGUGUGUGUGUGUGUGUGUGUGUGUGUGUGUGUGUGCUGAUUUUCAAGUCAAGUGUGUAUUUGUCACUACAUAUUUUUUUAUCUUCACCUAUAAAUGAUGAGAGUAAUUAUUAUAAUAAUAUUCUUAAUUAUUUUUGAAAUAAAAACCAAAUAUUUUUUUAAAGAAAAAGCUAAUAGAUGAUCUUUAGACAUGUAGGAAAUUGUUUUGUGUGUGUAAUCGGAUUUGUUAAUAAACGGAAGUGAAAGUUGUGCGUCGAGUAUGAGAAACGAGUGUG